AUGGCAUUAAUAGACGAAUAUGAAACACUUGAAGUUAUUGGGAAAGGUUCAUUUGGUACUGUACGUAGAGUACGUCAUAAAGAAGAUGGCCUAAUAUUAGUACGCAAGGAAAUCGAGUAUACUUCAAUGACAAUGCAAGAGAGAAAUCAUAUCAUAUCAGAAUUACGUAUUCUUCGGGAACUAAACCAUCCUCAUAUUGUCAAGUAUUAUAGACAUGAUCAUAUUCCAGAACAAAAGACCAUUCACAUAUAUAUGGAGUAUUGUGAAGGUGGAGAUUUAGCAAAAGUGAUUAAAAAUUUUAAAACUAAUAAAGAUAAUAUACCAGAAGAGUUUAUUUGGCAAGUAUUAGUCCAAGUAUUAUUAGCAUUGCAUAGAUGUCAUUAUGGAGUAGAUGCAGAUAAAGUUGAUUUAUUUAGCAAAACCCCAGAACCAAAAUACACCAAUUCUAUUAUUCAUCGUGAUAUCAAGCCUGAUAAUAUAUUUGUUGGAUCGUGUAUAAAACUAGGAGAUUUUGGAUUGGCAAAAAUGUUAUCAGCAGCAAAUGAUUUUGCCAAAACAUAUGUGGGGACUCCAUAUUACAUGUCUCCUGAAGUUUUAUUAGAUAAUCCAUAUUCACCUGUGUGUGAUAUUUGGUCAUUGGGUUGUGUUUUAUAUGAAUUAUGUACAUUAGAACCACCAUUCAAAGCAAAAACUCAUUUACAAUUACAAGCAAAAAUCAAAAGAGGCGUUAUUCAAGAUAUACCCGAUAUUUAUUCAUCACAAUUACGAAAUUUAAUUAAACAAUGCAUAACUGUUGAUCCCAGUGUUCGUCCAUCAUGUUUUGACUUGAUUGAUUCAUUAGCAAUAAGAUUUUUAAGAAAAGAAAUGGAAUUAAAAGAUAUGAGUGAGAACAUUGAUGAAUAUAAAAAACAAUUGUUGAAAAAGAGUAAAGAUUUAAAAGAUACAAGUAAAGAUUUAGACGAAUUCAAGAAGGAAUUGAUUCGUAAGAAUGAGGAUUUAGUCAGGAGAAGUGAAGAGUUAGUCAGGAGGAAUGAAGAGUUGAGCAAGCGGGAGAAAUAUUUAGAAAAGAGACAAAAGGAUUUGGAGAAAGAAUUGAUCGAAGAUUUUGAAUUAAGAAAACAAGCAAUUGAAUUAGAAGCAAAAGAAGUGAGAAUGGAAUAUCAGCGUGAAUUUAAUUUAGUUGUUGAACAAGAAGUUAAACGUAGAUUAGAACAACAGACAAGACGCCCACAUGGACCUAGAGCAUUAGAAGAUAUUAACCAACGAAGUCCAUUAAAAGAAAGAAACACAAGAGUUAGAAUUACUGAUUCAAUGGAGAGAUUAUCGUUAGAGAAGAGACAUACUCCUGAAUUUGAGUACAUAGGAAAAUUUCGUCAAUAA